AUUAACCAGACAAAUACAAAUCAUAUAUUUUUCUCCGUUGAUUGACAAGUGUUUCGUCUUAUCGACCCUUGACGCAGGUGAAGAACAUAUCAUUUUAAUUUGACACAUUUUACCAAGGAAGUAUUGAUCCAAGCAAGUAAUUUUCUACCAGUUAUUUCGUCUGAGUGUCUACAUGGUUUAAAUCUAUACGCAGAAGAAACAGAGAGAAAAUAAACCAUGAUGAAAUUCCUUGCCUACAUCGUUUGCUUCUCUGUUCUCCUUACAGGUUGCAGGUGUAUUCCUCACACAACGCACUUGGGUCAAUUUGGAAUGAUGCAAAAAUGCCUACUUGGAAAGAGUGUAAUCGAAGUUAGUCUUGAUUAUAUCGGCUAUGGCUGUUAUUGUGGCUUUGGUGGUGACGGUGUUCCUCUGGAUGAUACAGAUAGAUGUUGUGAAGUCCAUGAUGACUGCUACACAGUCGUGCAAACCAGUGGCAUGUGCCGUGGCUACAAUCAUGCUUACAUCAUUCCCUACAACUAUAAAGCCUUCCAAUGUGGCACAUACCGGGCGGUGAUUACCUGCUUGGAUGCAAGCAGCUAUGACGCAGAUUACAAGUACACUGACUGUGCCAUGGCUAUGUGUGCCUGCGACAAGGCUGGGGCGGAAUGCUUCCAAAGUACUAGACCAACGUUCAACCAAGACUACAUCAGAUAUAAACAAAUAAGAUGUUAA